AUGCGGAGCUGCUUCAACGUGUGGAUUGUGGUUGCACUUGUAGUUCCUGUGCUUCUCUCUCUGAGGAACCCACGUGGGGAAACACAGCGUGAAACUGAAACUGAAACUAAAACUUUCUCUUCGUCUUCUUCUUCAUUUUCCGUGAAAGUGUCUUCAUUUCCCUUCAACCAGAGAAUCCGAGAUGGGUCCAAUCUGGAAUAUGAUUUCUACAGGAAUAAUUGUCCUCAGGCAGAGGACAUUGUUCGUUCAGCAGUUACUCGCGUUUACUUUGAUCAAAGAGAUGUCUCCCCUGCUCUUCUUCGCCUCUUCUUCCAUGACUGCUUCAUCCAGGGGUGUGAUGCUUCAUUGCUGUUGGAUGACAUCAAUGGUGACAAAAACCGUUCUGUUGAGAAGCAGGCUGUUCCAAAUCAGACCUUGAAAGGUUUUGACAAAAUUGACUUGAUUAAGGAGGAGGUGGAACAAGCAUGUCCUGGUGUUGUGUCUUGUGCUGACAUACUUGCUCUUGCUGCAAGAGAUUCCGUUCUUUUGGCUGGUGGGCCUUUUUAUCCAGUCUUAACAGGCAGAAGGGAUAAUCAUCAAUCAUUUUUCGAGGAAGCAACUGAUCAAAUUCCCAGACCUGAUGAUAGCCUUACACGCACACUACAUCUCUUCAGUCUCAGAGGAUUCAAUGAAAGAGAAACAGUUAGCCUUCUUGGAGGACACAACAUUGGCAAAAUUGGUUGUGAUUUCAUUCACCAACGGCUGUACAACUUUCAGGGUACUGGGCAGCCAGACCCAAGUAUACCUCUUGAUUUUCUUAGUCAGAUGAGACUAAACUGCCAAGAUAACAAGAAUAUCAGCAACAGUGAUGAGUUUUCAACCUUUGUGAUAUCAAAGCCAAUGAGUGUUAAUUCUAACAUAGGGAUAUCAUACAUGGAAGCAUUAUCAUCUUCAGUAUCAUCUGGAGCAGCAUUUGACACUCACUACUAUCAGAGCUUGUUGAAAGGAAGAGGACUACUGUUUGCUGAUCAGCAGCUGAUGGCUGGGGAGAAGACUGCAAGAUUGGUAUCAGCUUAUGCUUCAGAUGAUGGAUCAACCUUUCGCAUGGAUUUUGCAAGGGUUAUGUUGAAAAUGUCUAAUCUUGAUGUUUUGACCGGACAUCAAGGUCAGGUUCGUCUGAAUUGCUCCCAAACUAUAAGUUCUUAA